AUUUUUAUCAAACUCAAGUACGUCUAUUCAGGCUCCUGUGUCGGUGUCUGCUUAGUGCUUAGUGCUUAGUGCUUAGUGCCUACGACUCUACGAGAGGGAAUGCGGACGACGGGGUGUUACUCCACACUGGUAGCCUUUUCAUUGCAGUCGAAUGCUUCAACUUCUAUUCAAUCUUCAACAAUCAAGGAAGCAGCACAUCAAGAGGGUUCAUUUCCUUCUUCCCCAUUUCAGUUCUUUCCUACCAUAUAAUUGUCCGUUGUCCUCCUUUACAGUCCACGCUUCGCAGCAAUCUUGUGCAUCAGCUGCGAAACCAACCAUCAAUGAAGCAACUUCGAUUAACUUUCAUGGCAUUGCAAAACAUGUGAUAUCAAUAUGUUCACCUCUCCGUGACAGCAGCAAAGGCGAGACCUCGGUCAACUCUUAUCUCAAAGAGUGCCUCCUUUCUCUUUCUUGUAUUUCCCCAGAAACUGUUCGCAAAUUCUGGAGAGUUCCUGUGUUACAACCUCAAGAUGUUCUUCAAAUUUUGCUGGGUUUUCAAUGUGGUGGAGAUAAUUUUCAGCUUGAGGCUAAAAAGGUUGAAUCUUUGUGGGGGAUAUUUAGGCGGGCUGGUGAGCAGAGUAAGGGUUUUGGGCAUCUUCCUCAAUCUUACAAGAUCAUGGCUUCAUUGCUUGUCCGGGUUCAGCUGUUUGAGGAGGUUGAAUGCUUGCUUUCGGUGGCUGGAACUAGGGGAAUUCUCUUGGAUGAUCAUGAAAUUUUCAGUAAUUUGAUUCAAGGGUAUGUGGGUGAGCUCCAAUUAAAGAAGGCUGUUUCAAAUUAUGAUAGAAUGAGAAUUCUAGGUUUAUCCCCAUCCUCUCUCUGCUAUCAACACCUUCUCGAGUUCUUGGUUCAAUUAAAUGUGACACAUUUGGCGCCUCAAAUUUUUGCUGAUGCUAUAGAGCUCGGUCUGGGAAAGAUAGUAGCAGAAGGGUCUAUUUAUGGGGGAGUUGUUCGGAUGUUGUGUCUAGAAGGAAAAGUUCAGGAUGCUAGAAUUCUUGUUAAGAAAGUUCUAGCUCUUGGAUUUAAGCCCACUGAUAUAGUUCUCAGUUCAAUGGUCAAUGCAUACUGUGAGAAGAAGGAUUAUGAUGAUAUACUUAGUUUCUUUGUUGAAGCAAGAUGCAUCCCCGAUUUACAUGUUGGCAACAAGAUCAUGCAUUCUUUGUGUACAUGUUAUGGUUCAGAUUUUGCCAAUUCGUUCCGCCUGAAGCUCGAAGGACUAGGUUUUUGUUCCAAUGAAAUAACCUUUGGGAUUUUGAUUGGUUGGAGUUGCCGUGAAGGUAAAAUGAAGGAUGCCUUCAUUUAUUUUUCUGAGAUUCUGUCAAGAAAUCUGAAACCUCAAAUAUAUUCAUAUGACGCUCUUUUGAGUGGGUUUUUCAAGAAGGGUAUGUGGAAGCACUCUCAAGAAAUUAUCUAUGAAAUGAAGGAUCGGGCAGAAGUGCUCCAUCUGUCAACUUUCUUGGUUCUCUUAGCAGGAUACUGUAAAGCUAGACUCUUUCAUGAAGUCAAAGCAACAGUUUCCCAGAUGGCAGAUUGUGGUUUCAUCCAACCAAUAUCUCUAGAAGACCCACUUAGCAAAGCUUUUACACUGCUGGGACUUGCUCCUUCUGAUGUGAAGAUAAGAAGAGACAGUGAGUUUGGAUAUUCCAAGGCAGAAUUUUUCGAUAACCUUGGGAAUGGACUUUUUCUGGAUACAGAUAUCGGAAAGUAUGAGACUACUAUGACUGAAGUACUUGAUAAUGCCAUGCUUCCAGAUUUCAAGUCCCAAAUAUUGAAGAGUAUUGGGAGCAAUAAAGACAUUAAAGAAGCUAUUGUAACCGUAUACCGUAUGGGUAAGUGGGGUCAAAUGGUGUCCCUGCCUUUGUUCACAACAUUAGUCAAAGGGAUUUGUGAAUGCCGUGGCAGUAUGAAAACAGUUGUCCAUUGGUCAGAGGAAAACCCUAUCUUUAACUAUCAUCAGCUUGAUCAUGAAACGUUAAAUACACUUGCUCAAGCUUUUGGUAAAAAAGGCUUCAUGCGCAGGGCUCGAAUAAUUGUUAAGGGAUUGAUGAUGAGGCAUCAAAGUGUUGAGAAUAAAACACAUACUGUCCUGUUAAUUGGGCUAUGCAAGAAAGGCGACCGGCGAGCUCUAGCUAACUACUGGCAGCUUGCACAAAGAUAUAACUGGUAUCCUGGUUUGAAGGAUGGCAAAACUCUUCUCAGCUGCCUAUGCCGACAAGGAUUUCUUGACAAGGCUCUAGAGCUAUUUGAGGUCAUGUUAGUGCACUACCCUCACAAGGAAGACUUUGGUAAUUCUUUUAAUGAGUAUUUUGAGCAGCUUUGUGCCUGUGGGUUUACAAACUCUGCACGUGUUUUAGUCGAGACACUUGAAAACCGUGGCUACAACCCUGAUGACAUGUCUUAUGGCCAUCUUAUCAGUGUCCUCUGUAAAGAGAAGAAAUUUUCUGAAGCUUUUUUGAUAUCUGAAACUAUGCUUGCUAAGAAUUUCACUCUGCCCUUGGAUGUAUGUAAUGUUUUAAUUCCAUGGCUAUGCAGGACUGGUAAAAUCGAGAAAGCUGUCUUUUUGAAAGAUAGUGUCUCAAGAAAACAACCUUCUGCUUUGUUUUAUCUGCACUGUGCUUUAUUGCAUGGUUUUUGCCAGUCUGGGAUGGUAGAUGAAGCAUCAAACCUCUACCAAGAGAUACAUAGACAUAGGCUGUCCUUUGACAUGGAAGCCUAUAAUCCUCUAGUUCAGGGGUACUCUAAAGCUAAAAACUUCAAGAAAAUCAGAGAGCUAUUUGGUGUCAUGAUCCGUAAAAACUUGGAUCUUACACUUGCAAGCUAUCGAAGUUUAAUGAGCCUUAUGUUUGCAGAAGGCAAGCUCUGUCUUGCACUGAGCUUGAAAAUGGUUAUGAUUAAGCAAAACAACCUCCCACACUCAGUGAUAUAUAGUAUACUGAUUUUUCACCUGUUUUCAGUGAAAAAAACUUCAGUUGUAAAUACACUUGUGCAUGAAAUGCAACCCCUUGAAGAAGUGACUUACAAUUUUCUCAUUCAGGGAUUCUCCAUGUGUAAUGAUGCAAAAUGUUCAUUUCAAUAUCUGAAAGACAUGAUGCAAAAAGAUCUGAAGCCAAAUAAUCGCAGUCUUAGAGAGGUUAUAAAAUGCCUUAGCUGCAAUGGGGAGCUAGAAAAAGCUCUUGACUUGAGCAAGGAAAUGGAAUUGAGAGGUUGGGCUCUUGGUUCACUUACUCAGUAUGCUAUGAUUGAAGGCCUUCUUACGAAUGGCAACUUCAGUGAAGCCAUAGAGUUGUUGGACCGUAUAGCACAAAAAGACUUAAUCCCAUCCAACAUAAACUAUGAUGUUCUUAUUAAGCGGUUUUGUCAGCAUGCAGAAGUAUACAAAGCAGUAGAUCUUCUGAACAUAAUGUUAAGGAAAGGGAAUGACCCAGACACUGCCAGUUUUGAUUAUGUUAUUCAGAGUUUCUGUUCUUGUAACAUUUUGGAUCAAGCUCUGGACUUUCAUGCUGAGAUGUUAUGCAGGAACCUAAUACCAAACAGCAACACUUGGAACAAACUUACCCAUAGCUUAUGCAAUGGAGGACGAGUUGCGGAGGCAGAAAUGUUAAUCCAUUCCAUAGUUCAGAUUAGCGAGACCCCAAGCAGGGAAAUGUAUUGUGCGGUAGUUAAUGCGUACCGGUUUGGGAACAAUUUUAUCAAAGCAUCCCAGGUCUUACACAAAAUGCAACAAAAUGGGUAUGAGCCUGACUUUGACACUCACUGGGCUCUAAUAAGCAAUUUGAGCAAUUCCCGUAAUGAAAAUACUGGUCAAAGCAAAUCUGGAGGAUUUUUAUCAAGAUUUCUUUCUGAAGUUGGUUUUUCUCGGGAGAUUCCAAAUGCCAAGAAGGGGUGACAUAGUAAAAGAGAAGCUUGAACUGACUUGGGAAGAGGGAAACAGAAUGGUUGAGAGUUGAGACCCUUGAUACCCCCAAUGUCACAUACCUUUGUGUGGCUGGAGCCUGGAUGCCCUGGAUGGGAAACAUAAUAAAGGAGAAUGUGCUGUGGUGGGUGUUUGCAUGAUUGGUGGUAGGUACAGUGCUCAUUUCUCGAAAAUGUAAUAUAUUAAAGCUUUCAGACAUGCAGGGACUGGUUUAGGUGUCAAAGUGACCAGUGGAGUAACGCACUUUUAACAUUAUGGAUGGAAAGGGGUAAGCAAUUGGAUGAAAAUGUGUUUAAAGCAUUUUUUUUAGUUGGAUGGCAAUUUCUGCCAUUGCACUGUUUCUCAUUCCUGUUUUUGUUUUACUUUUGGGAGAUAAUAACUUUGACAUUGUUUUUUAUCUGCAUUGAAAUUGUACUCCAGGAUAAAUGUUUUGUAGUGUUUAGAGAGUUCUACCAAACAAAAACAAAGCACAUGAAGCUUAUAUAGAUAUACUCACUGGGUUGUAACAUAAGCAGACACUUUGAGCAGAAAACCAUAGUGUUGAUUGUGACUAAUUUCCAGGUUCUUAAAGAGUGCAUACUUUCAUAAAUUUAUUUAACCUUUAUGAAUGCAAAUUAUCAGGAGUCCAUAAACAAUUAAUAUUAGUGAGCUGAAUAUACCAUAUCAGUUGGGAGGUAUUUUGUUUCACAUUACAGGUAUAGGUGUAUAUAUUAUGAUCAAAGAAUUGAGAAUUUAUGGUAAGUCAUUAUGUGAGCCUAAUAAAAUAAGUCAAUGUAUGAUGCUUUGGGUUUGAUAUGGACGAUUUUAGUAUGGGAAAGUGUUUUUAGCCCAUGUUCCUUUUUUAUUCAAGUAAAAAAACUUCUCAAAUUUGAAUCACUCCAUUUUUACACAAUUUUCUAGCAGAGUGAUCACUAAAGCUUGAUCACUAACUGCAGUUUGAUAGACUAUAUAAUCUGCCAUUGAUUGUAUCUUUCCUUUCACUAUUACACUUCUAAAGUGAUAGAUUGAUAAAAUUUCCUUAGAUGUCUGCUUGAAGAUACCUUCAGAUGACUUUCGAUGAGAUUCAAUUUCAAAACUAACUAGAAAACUAACCAAAAUACAUGUAUGGCAACCUAAUAUUGAUAAGUAUAAAUAAGUCAUCCGAUCACAUAUCACCUGUUCUGACAUGUAUAUAUGCGAUGAAUUUCGAGGAGUGGAUGUAAUUUUCAAUAUGUUUUUUUAUGUUUAAACCAAAUAUAAAGAUAACUCCUUGAAAGAUAUGAUGUGUACAUUGACAAGUAUCUGUUCGUGAAGAUACCUUUAGACAGUAAAAAAAACUUAAGUGAACCCCACAAAAGUUAGCUAAAUACUUUUUCCUAACAAUGAAUUUCAACGUCAUUAAAAUAUAUUCUACCACAUGUUUUUUAACAAAAAAACACAUGUUUUUAGGCUCCUUUAGACACUAACCCAAAUAUGUUCGGUUUACACCAAACAUCUCUAUAUCUGGUUUAACUCACAGAGAUUGCAGUUUUUGAGAUUUAAUAUCAAUUUUUAUUUACAUCAAAAGUUCAAAGUUUAUUUUGUAAUCUUAGAAUAAUGAAGUACCUAAGAGGAUAUACAGUUCUCACAUAUCAUGUUUGAUAAACUAUGCAUCUCCCCAUGUUUGCUCCAAUUACUUUUUUAAAUGCAACUAGUUUUGUAUGUAAGAUAAGAUACUAUAACAUAUAGUACAUUGUAACAACAAUAUAACAACAAGGUCACCACUGAUUACAUAUAUGUGUGUAGUCAUUCUUUUGUCCUAUCACCACAGUUUCUACACACAACUCAACAAGAUGUUGAGACCUCCUCCCUCACACCAACACAUUAAAAGCAGUAAACAAUAAAUUUCACACUUCAUUUAAUACUUUUGAAGAUCCUUCCUAUAUAUAUUCUUCACCAAUCACCAUCAUCACAUUCAUCUCACAACCUGCUGGCUGCUGCAAAGGAGGAGAAGGAUAGAGAUCCUUGCAAGCAUUCUUCAUCAUAUUAUCUGCUCCAGCACUUCUUCUCAUUGUCAAUGACCCAUGGCGGCGAAGAGGGAUUGAUUUACCCUGACAGGGUUGUAAAUCCUGUGAUGAAUGUCUCUGCAUGUUGCUGUUGUUAUUAUCAUCACCAUAUUGAGAUGGAGAGGAAUUAUAUGUUCUUCUGCUGAAGCUUGUUCUGUUUUGCCUUAAUGAACUCAGUUAGUGUCAUGUAGUUUGGUAUGUUGUUACUCGGCAGCACCUGUUCUUCGGGCAGUGAAGACGACAUCGGUGAAUGACUGGUGCUGUCAUUGUUAUACAACUGAUGCCAGGAUGGUGAUGAUGAUGAACACAGCUGAUCAGAUGGAGGGAUUGCUUCUUUUGCUGCUGAAAUCCUGCGACAAAACAAUGCUUGAAAAAGAGACUACUUGAGCAGCAAAUGAGCAGCUCCCCAGUUUCCAGUGGAGCUGCUCCAUUGUGAUUAAAGUAUUUGUACUGUUAUCCGCAGAACAGUUAUAUUGCAACUAAUUUCCCCAAGAAUUUCUAGAUCAGCCACUUGCUAUAGCUGUGCCAACGUCAAAAUACUUUCCACUUCAAAAGACAUCAGAUUUACUUCUUUUUCGGGUCAGACAAAUGAAUAUUGCACAAUUUUUUUUCUUUUAAUAUAGGUUUCAUUGAAGGAUACCACUAAUCGCAUGUCCAGUGGUUGUGCAGUCGGGUCUUUACAGCUUAGUGGAUGGCAUUAUGACCCGAAACUAUGGCACAGUUAUUCGUGGAUAUGGAGUACGGAGUAUUAUUUUGUUCUCCACAACUACUCUAAGAAAAUCACAUGAUCAAUCUGCAUAAAAGUAUUAUUACCAUUAAGAUCAAGAACUGUGAUCUUUAUUAAACGCAAGUUCAUAACUGAAAAUGAACUAAUAAAAUGAAUUAUUGACUAGCAUCUUUUAGAAAAUGAUACCAAAAUGUUGUGAAGCAAAAGUUUCUGUUGAUUCAGUGUUUGGUUUUCAGGUUUGUUCAUUUUCUCAGUUAUUGCUCACCCUAUGUCACACAAUGUUGUGAAGCAAUCAACCUGUGAUCAUUAUUAGAUCUUUUAAUGUAAUUUUUACAUCCUCAAAUAAAAUCUGAAACCCCCAUCUUUCUUCCUUUAUUUACUAACAGAUAUACAAACCUCUUCUACAACUGUCAAUCUACUCAGAAUAUUAGACUAAUUGUCACAUUAAAUUCUUAUUGAACUGCCCAUAUGAAAUUAUUGCAGCUCUGGAUUCGUGGAGUAUGAAGCUGUACAUAAAUAUUCUGUGUUAGAUGGACAAUUUUUUUUGUAUGUUGAUGUGAUUGACUUAUUUCAGUGUUCGUAAAGGAUGGAAUAAUGAAAUAAUAUUAGAUCUGCAAAAGUUUGUUAUAGAGAUGGUAACACUUUUGAAAGUUUUUUUUUGCAUUUCUCAACUUAUAUGGGCAUUUAAUCAACUAUUCACAUUUUUGUUGUGUCCUUGCAGAGGUUUUUGUAGCUGAAACUGUUACGUAAGGAAUUUAUUUCGUGCUCGAAUCAGGGAAUUUGUUUUCCCACCACGGAGCUGAAAUACUCAAAUCUAAUUUUAUGCAUUACAACAUGAAAAUGAAGUGAAGAAAUAGAUAGUUUUUUUUUGUGAAAGUCAGAAGUUUUAAGAGGUCUUUGGUCCUAUUACUUCUUUCCCCUACACCCUUUUUUCUCUUAUACUAACCACUACUAGAGUUAUACUACUGUCCUUUGGUGUGACCCUUGUGGCCAUCUAUUCCGCUUCUCAUUGUUAUUCCAUG